AAUUAUCAGCCUAUGGCAAGGUAGCACAGAAGCGUAGUGUAAGCAACAAAAUGGCGAAAACUUUUAACUCUGUUAGUGUUUCACGUGUAGGAAAAUUAGGAGACUUGUUACCUAAAUUUGAUACUCCAGUGACAGCAGUUGUAGAAUAUGACCCUCAAGGAUUGAGUCUAAAAUUGAGAAGAGAAAGUAAUAAUGGCAGAGUUGAAGACUUAUACGAGUUUCCAGUUCACAGAACCACGGAAUGUGCACGAAUAGGGUCUAUAUCAUAUUUAUUUAAUAUUGAUGGUGAAAGUUUGUGCCUGAGAUUUCGAGAGGAAUCAGACCUUAAACGCUUCCACUCUAUUGUCAAUGAAGCUAAAGUUGGCAAGAGCAAUUCCGUUUUUUCCGAGCGAACAGAUGAUUCUUCGGCCGUCCAAUAUUUUCAGUUUUAUGGAUACUUAUCACAGCAACAAAACAUGUUGCAAGACUACGUCCGCACCAGUACAUACCAGAGAGCAGUGCUGGCCAACUCUGAUGAUUUUAGGGAUAAGGUAGUGUUAGAUGUGGGCGCAGGCUCUGGUAUCCUCUCCUUCUUCUCAGUCCAGGCUGGAGCGAAACGGGUCUAUGCUGUGGAAGCCAGUUCUAUGGCUCAACAUGCCGAGAUUUUGGUAGCUUCAAACAGUUUAAAAGAUAAAAUUCAUGUGAUAGCUGGAAAAAUAGAAGAAGUAGAGCUUCCAGAAAUGGUGGAUAUAAUUAUAUCUGAACCAAUGGGCUACAUGUUGUAUAACGAGAGGAUGUUAGAAACAUAUCUUCAUGCAAAAAAAUGGCUCAAACCCGGAGGUAUCAUGUUUCCUAGCAGAGGUGAUCUUCAUAUAGCUCCUUUUAUGGACGACUCGUUAUUCAUGGAACAAACUAAUAAAGCCAAUUUCUGGGUUCAAACUUGUUUCCAUGGAGUAGAUCUCAGUUCCAUGAGGGAAGCCGCUAUGAAGGAAUACUUCCGUCAACCUAUCGUGGACACGUUUGACAUGCGUAUUUGUAUGGCUAAAUCUGUUAGACAUUGUGUAGACUUCAGUCAAGCUCAUGAAUCAGAUUUACAUAGAAUAGAGAUUCCAUUGGAGUUUUAUGUACUGGAGUCUGGAACAGUUCAUGGGUUGGCGUUCUGGUUUGAUGUAGCGUUUUCAGGCAGUAAUCAGACUGUUUGGCUCUCCACUGCUCCUACAGAGUCUCUGACACAUUGGUACCAGGUUCGCUGUCUCCUAGAAAAUCCUAUUUUCUCAAAGGCCGGUCAGUUGCUGACUGGAAAAGUCACAUUGCAAGCGAACCAACGGCAAAGCUAUGAUGUGACAAUGGACCUGUGUAUAGAGGGCAGUGAGCAGACUCGGUCUGUCAAUACUCUGGACUUGAAGAAUCCGUAUUUCCGCUACACGGGCCAACCAGUUGCUCCACCCCCUGGCAUGAGCAACACUUCCCCCAGUGAGGCCUAUUGGGCCCAGCUGGAUGCUCAAGGUGCUCGCCAAGCUGUGAACAUGGUCAAUGGCAUUUCUGUCAAUGGCCUGGGUGAAGUGCAGAUGGAUUCCAGCCAGAAUCAUACUAACAUUGUUGGUUUAGUAUCCCAGCCAAACAUCCACCCAGGAUCAAUUAGCAGUACUGGGAGGCAGAGGGCUGGGCCCGGACCUGGCACCGCCACUUCAACUGGUGGGGCUCAACUCAUUGGUGGAGGCAUCUCUCCCACUCUCUUCACCUCACCACAGACUCAUCAAGUGGUGCUAGGAAACACCUCCCAUUUCCCUGUCAACAACAGCCUCAUGAUAGGAGACUAUGUCACUCCUACUAGUGGAAUGCUCAGUGUUCAGGGUUACAGACAAUAAUCUUUCUGCCUCUUGAGUUUUUUGUUUUAAUAAGAUAAGUAGUUGAUCAAUUUUUUUACCCUCUAGUCUGGCUAUUGAAUGAGUGCUAUGUUACUCUUCAUAUGUGUUUAUUAUCAUUUCUAAAUAUCAUCGUGUUUGGCAAUAUCUCAAAGUAAUAAUGGUUUAAAUUUUAAGAAAGAUCAUUAACAGUACAACAAAUCCAUAAUAUAUGAAACCAGUCAAUUGGUUCAUAACUCAGUUUUCUUCUUUCUUUCUUUUCUUUUAGAUUACAAUUAGGUUUAGAGGUUAGGGAUUACUGGCAUCACACUAUUGAUUAAACCACUUGCCAUGCAAUUAAGAACUGACAUUUAAAAAUAGACUUUUCUAGUUUCCUUCACUGAUUUUAUUUUGAAAACAUUAGUAAAAGAGCAUUAUAUUUUUAAAUUAAGCGGUUCAAAACUAUUUCAAGUAAAAGUUAUUGAUCAGCAUUACUGUAAUAUGUAUAUUCUGUAAGAUUGAAUCGAUUAUGCUAUAUUGACAUGUUUGAUUUUACUGGGUGUUUCAAAAUGACACAUGUUUUAGAACACACAAGAAAACUUAGAAGUAGAAACCUGAAUCAAAUUCAAUUUUACAUCGUUGUUUCAAAAUCUGUUAUUUUACUACAAUCUUAUUGAUUCUUAGACAGAUCUAAGGUGACAGACAGUGUGGAGUCAACCUAAAUUAACAUUAAUGUUUUGUUAUAUGUUCCCUAUAAUGGCUUCAGCAGAGCUCUCUGACUUAUUGCUUUGAAGGCAAAAAUAAUUCAUACUUUGAACAUUAUUUUUUAAUGAUAACAUGAAAUAAGAUUAAAAUAGUUUUAAUGUUUGGAUAACAAUUCUGCAUUUCAAACAAAUUUUACAUGGUUGCAGUAGACAAUUUUUCUUUUUUAUUCAAUUUUUUAUAUUUGUAAAAGAUGGGUGUGAAGAACACACUUGAGUUUAUGGUUUCAAUUGUAAAAUGUGCAAUUGAUAGCACACAAUAUAAAUUUGCUUAUUUUUUACAAGAGACCAAUCGAGAGCACUGCAGAUAGUGAAAAAUCCUUAUAACAAGGGACGGGUUUGAAAUGAGUGACUUCCAAAAUAAAGGUUUGUUUCAUAUAGAUUAGUCAAGUUGAUUGCCAAAAAUAUGUACAACGUUAACUGCUAUUAGCAUUAAGUGGCUGAAAAAUUAAUAAAUUUGUAGCUGUAGGAUAUCUCUUGACUUGAAAACAUAUUAUUUUUAUUAAAUUUUUGUAUGUUUUUUCAUGUUUUACGAGUACUUAUUAACUCAGCUUGAAUAAAAACAAAAGUGCAUUUCUCAUUUAUGAACAUUGAUUAUAUAGAUUUUAUUUUAAAUGCAAUUGGAUAUAUUUUCUUUUAUUUUUUAAACACUUUCUUAUAUUAUAAUUUUGAUAUAAUAUGUUUUAUGAUUGUUCUUGUUUUUAGUAAUUUUAUAAGAUAUUUAUGUAAUACUCUUAAUAAAUGUACAUCAUGCUUAUACAUCAGCUACAAAUUUAGGUAUUGUUAUACAGUGUGUCAAAAAUAUGAAAACUGCUGGACAAUUUUUAUAUUUUUGAGUUUAUAUACCUUUAAAAAUUCUCACAUAAUUUAUUGUUUUUUAACUACUCAGGUUUUUAAGAAUGUUUUGGCCCUUUGUAGAUUUGAACUGUUUUGUCAACAUUUCUUUAUCUUGUUCUCCUCAUACUUAAAAUUAAAAUUAACAAUUUCUACAGGAUCUAGAUACACAUAAAAUGUUAACAUAGUGUACGCUUUUAUAUAGCUAACUCUUAAACAGUUUCAAUUAUUUAAGUAAAAUGUUCAGAACACUUCACUGUACAGUACCACUUCAAGUACCACAGUGCACAAGCAUACUUAACAUUUAGCAAUGUUUAGGAAACUGUCCAUUUUAUAUUAAAAGUAUGUGACAGUAAAGAACACCUUACUUAAAAAAUAAAUAUGUUAAUCAUCAAAACAAAAAAACCUUUGAAAACUUGAGUGUGCUAACAAAUUGUGAAGUAUGUAGUUUGAAUCUGUGACAGCCUGUGGAGUUCCCACAUAAGAACAUUUUAGUACCAAGAGGACAAAAUAUAGAGGUGUUAACAAAAUAAAUAAAAUCCUAUUUAGUUAUAAAAUAUUCUUAAACACCGAAUAUCUUUAAGUUUGUUAUAAGUAUCUUGUGGAUUGAAUAAAACUAUAGAAUAGAUUUUAUUAAAACAACACAGUACACAAUAUAAUGAGCAUAAAUGGAGUUGUAAAAUACUCAUCAUCUAAGCUAUGGAACUUUUGUCAUAUAAAAUAGCUUAGUGUUGAUGCAAAAAUAGCAUGAAAUAGCAAAAUGGAGUGAAUAAAUAGCUGUAUUGAUUAAUAACUACUGAACAUAAUAAUUAUUAUUCUGUUACAAUGUACCAUAAUUUAAAUGUAGAAUUAUUUAUAGUAUUAUUUGUUAUAUCAAACAAUUUGUGUUUUUAAUUUGAUAUUGUGCAUGCCAUCAUCAAUAUUUAUUUUGGAUUAUUGUUUGAAAUCAAAGUGUGUCCUUUAGUUAUUAUUUUAUUGGGUAAUCAUUAUUUUACUGCUUAGAUUAUGUGUUUAUUUAAUCAUAAUGCUAAAAAUGCAAAAAUCUGUAAUAUUUUGCUUGAAUCUUUUAUCUGUUUAUUGCCAUAUAUUCUGUAAUUACAGUUUUUAAGUGUUAUGUAAUUUGUUCCAUAGAUUGGAUUUCAUUGUAAUUAUUUAUAGGAAACCUAUUGGUAAAUAUUUAUAUGUUCGUAAUCUUGUGUCAGUUUUAUAAACGGUUAAGUUAUUUUCAUUGUGAAUGUAUUAUUGGCUUUGAUAUUUGAACAAACAAGUAUAAAAAUUAUUUUAAAAGUAGGCGCUGCUUGUUUCUUAGUUUCCAUAAUUUACAAACAUUUCAAAUGUGAUCCAAAGUAAUUACAACUAAGAGAGUGCAGCAUAAUGUUGCAAAUUCAGUUGUUAAUGGCUGAGCGUUUGCAAGCAUAGAUUAGGUUUUUACACAACUAAGCAGAUCUGUAGAAAAGGCAAUGAAAUAAAUUUAUAUAAAGCUGCUUACCCACUUAUUGGCUCUAUCAAAAUUAAAACCCAGCUUAUCAAUGAGCUUGAUAGUUGAAAUUUGUUACACUGGAUGGAAAACUUUGCCAUACCAAAGGGAAAAGUCUUAAAAUAUUGUUAAAAGUUUUUUUAACUUAAGAAAGGAAUCCAAAAUGGUAACCAUACCUUAAUUUGUUUCUUACUUGACCGAUUUCAAUGAAAACCAAAUCUUAGUAAACAUUUGAAAUACACCAAGAUGAUAUUCUUUCAUGUUUUAGAACUCAUGUAUUGUUGAUAUGGAGAAUGGAAGUGAGUUUUACUGUGAUUAAUUGUAAUUGUUCAGUGAGUAUUAGAAAUAGGUAUUCCGAAUGAGUGAGGUACGUACAAAUUUGUGAAUAGUUAGGCUACACUGCAAAGAGGUUUAAAAUGUAAAAUAGUAGACCGAUGUAAAAAGUUUGACCAACCUCAAUGAAGGAUGUGGAAAAUUUCAAAAAGUCACUUAAUACCUAUCUUGUGGUCAAUAAAAAUGGCUGAUUUAUUCUCUCUGAAAGCAGAAUUGACAAGUGUUUUUCAUUUUGAAACCUUAAAAAUUAAUUGUAAAAACAGAAUGUUUGAUGCAGUGUUUUAAGUUUGGUUGUGACAGCUAUACUUCUUUUGUAGGGAAAUGUUAAAACUGUGAUAAAAGUCGCCUAUCUUAUUCUCCCACUCAACUUUGCUACUGGCAGCCCUCAGGAAAUACAGAUUGGUCUUAGCCUUAAAACUGUUUGGCCUUGUAGAUGAAAAAUGCAAUUUUCGUGAUGGGCUUAUAUUUUUACUCAAGUACAUGGCUAAAAAUGUGUAAUCUCAUUUUUUUACUCAUGUACUAACUAAUUGAUGUCUGCUGCUUUCCUUCUGUCUUACAAAAAGGGCUACGGAAAGGUACAAGUCAUAAGUAAUUACAUUUGACAGCUCCACUGUGCAGCCAUUGCUAUGUUAGCAAAUAUAUAGCCUCUCCAGGCCUUGGAAACAGUUAUUUGACUAAUGUAUAAGUACUAUGGAAAAUGUUAUAUCUACACCCUUCAGAAUUAAAAUUAAAGCACUGAAUAAUAUUUAACAGUACCAUUGUGACAGACAGUAAAAUGGACCUGAUUGAAAAUAUUUGAAAAGGGAUUUCUACUUUUUUCUCACACUUCUGUUUAAAAGUAGAUAUAAUAGGAAUGUCUUGAUUACGAUAUUGUUGCAACUAAACAAAUAGUGUUUAUAUCUAUUUGAUAAUGAGAAAUUAGGUGGACCAGUGUUGAAUAUUGGGUCAUUCACUUCAGCUGUUGCCCACAAACAUUCUUUUGGCUAUCUUUUAAAGCUCUUUCAAUUUGUGUGCCAUUACAUCUCUUAUAAUGGUUUUUUACAGUUUGCAGGGGUUUCAAUAGAUACAGGCAUUUUAAAUAUGUAAACACGAUUGACUUUAUAAUGGCAUCUCUAGCUUACCAAAAGAUGAAGGUAGACAGUGCGCAAGUGCUGGAUACUGACCGCAGCGCUGCAACGGCUGAAUUUCAAAUAUUGGGUGAAAAGUUUAUUCUCAACACAGAUGACUGAAGCUGAUAAAGACUGUAAUGUAAUACGAGGUGGCCUUGGGAUAUUGUCCUAAAGCGUGGAGUUGUAAUACAGAGAUGGAAAUCACCCAAUGACCAUUAGUAAGAUCAGUGAUGUUAAAAGACAUUUUACCGUCAAGGUCUAGAAUCUUUGAAAUUAAGCAGAUUUGAGUUUAAUAACAAAGGAAUUUGUUUUCUCAGUGUAAACAAAUAUUUUGUUUUCAGAAAAAUUAAGUAAGCAAAUGCACCAAUACCACUUAAAAAUUAACUACAAUUUUACAAUUAAUUAAUACAAAUUUGGUGUACCCUCUAUUUCCAAUGAGUGAGGCAAGAUAAUAAAAAAAUAACAGGUAAGCACAGUGAGCUGGUCUUGGCCCACUCAAUUGUUAGGGUUGAAGGACAGGAAUGCUUAAGAAGCAGCCUGCUUAAAGUGCUUGGCCCAGUUGUCUUAUAAUAACUACUAUAUCCAGUAUACAAAGCCAUUUGAGAUGAGUAUUAAAUCAUCACUUAAAGAGUUUCAAAUUUGAAACUUGAGACCUUUAACUUAAAUAUUGGAGUGGAAAUGAGGAAGAGUUUUUAGUAUAAUGCAUAUAGUGGAGCCAAUCAUUGAAAAGUAGGAAAAGUAUAGUUAUUAAAACAAAUUGACAUGUCUUUAUACCAAGAAGAUGACUGUCCUUUCUUCCUAUUCAAUAAAGGUAAGCCUGCUAUUUCUUCGUUUUAAAAAUUCAUGUUCACCAAAUUUAUUUCAAAUUUAACUGUUUUUUUUUAUUUGGCUUUAUUAUUACUAGUGAGACACAUUUUGGAAUUCAGAAAAUUAUAACUUCUUGUUGGUGAUUUUAAAAAUAAAUUUCUUUUGAUUUAUACUGAAAACUAUUACUAAACUCACAGUACAAAAAAGAAUUGUAUAUUGUCAUUGACAGUAAUUAUAAACACCAAGCAUACAAUCUUGUUUCUUUCUUUAGUGACUUUCACAUUAGUUGAACAAUUAAUUGGAGAGUAAUUUUGCUUUGUUUUGGUUGCACCUGUUUUGUAUGCGCGCACAGUGAACUGAAGCAAUCAAUGAUUUUUUUUUUCUUUUCACUAACUGUAUUACUUGUAAACAAACUUUAGGAACAUUGUACCUCGAGAUGUAUAUAGAUAUAUAUUUUAUCAAGUUUUGUUAGUUUUGAUGUUUCCUUUUAAAAUAAAAAUAAUUCGGAUUGUAUUUUUUAAUUUAUUAUUACUUCUCUCAAUAUUUCUCUAAUUAUUGUUUUAUUGAUUUAGCACUAAAGUAGGGCUUAAGUAGCAUAUGUGAUAAUUUAAACACCUCUGUAUAUAAGCAGUUUAUAAGUUGUGAAGGAAUGGAUGCUCUGUGUAUGAUGUGUACAUGUUUUAGUUUUAAGUCAUGCCAUUAUUGUUUCAGAUUUUGAACACAAACAGUGUAUUACUACAGCAGAAAUAAGACUUAUUUAUUUUUUAAAUUAAUGUCAUAUGUAAUCUGAUAAAUGAUUAUGGAAAUAAAAGAAUUAAUUUUCUUUUUAAUAAUAUCCAUCUGUUUGAUUUUACAAUUCAGUAACCAGUGAGUUUAAUGCUUAAAAAUUGAUAAAAAUGUUAUUUAAAAAGAUUGAUUAUAGACUUUAGUUUUAUAGUAAUGAUUAUAAUUUAAAAAUUUUUGUACUAAGAUAAUUAGUUUUUUUUUAGGAAAAAUAUCAUUUAUGAGAUUUUAAGUACAAAGUAUGCCAAAUACAUUGAAUGACUUCUGUGUUUGGUAUAGUUUGAUGUUAGUAGAACAUCAUUUCUCUGGUCCAACGGCAUGUAUGAUUGAAGAUGUGUCUAAAUCAUAAAACAUGUUUGGGAUUGUUUACUUUAGUAUCUGAAUAAAACAUAAUAUUCAAAAUUGUG